AUGGCUUUGACUCCGAUUAUAGUCGUCAUCACUGUCUGUCUUGGAUUUUCAACGAUUAAUGGUUGUCUAUCGAUGGUCAUUCCAUCAUCAUCGACAGCAUACAUCACUGACAAUAUUUCCAACACCACAACAACAACAACAACUUUUCCUACAACAAUUGCAAAUGCUACAACUACUAAUACAACAACAUCAGCAACAACAGCAGCAGUACCAACACAUAUUCUACGUGUACGUAUCCGUGUACACAAUUCAUUAAUUGAAACAUUAGUCAAUCAAAAACAAUUGGAUUUAAUUGAAGUUCAAUUACGACAAAGACAUAUACCAUUUCGUCAAAUUCAAGAUAAUAAAGAUGGUAUAACAAUUAUUAUUGGACCUUUUCAUAAAUCAACAAAUUUAACAGCAACUAUGAUGAUGUUUAAUCAAUCACGUUUUCAUACAAAUUUCACUAAGAUGAUACCAAUUAAAUCAUCAAUAAUUGAUCAAAAAAAUCAAACAAAUACAACAAGUCCUUUAGAUGAAAAAAAAAUUCAAACAGAACGUUUUCCAAUAACUGUUGAAGCACAUGAAUAUGAUCUUGCACAAGAUCAAGAAUCAUAUGAAUUUCGUAAUUGUUUAGAAGCAUGUGAAAUUUAUGAAGGCAAUGAACUUAAACCUGAUCAUAACUGUAUUAGAAAAAAAUGUCUUAAAGAAAUAACCGGCAUUUGA